AUGGAAUCGUCUUCUGAAGAUAGUUUUACUUGGACUGAUACUUCCAGUGAUAGUAUUGAGAGCCAGCCGAUGCCGGCAGUUGAAAGACCAGAUAAGAAUUUGAGAGCUGAUAAACAUACGAGGAGAAGCGAUUGUAAAGAGGCUAAGUUGAGACACGAUACAGAGGAGCUAAGUCACAAACAGUUGAAUUGUGGAACACGUAAUAGUGCACAGAACAAUAUGGUCAAGGUAGAGCCUGAAAGUGAUUGUGAGAUACCAAGGAAAAAAAAGAAAAACAAACACGUCGAAGUUAAUAGCAACGAAAACGGCUUGCCUGGACGCGACUCUAAUUGUUAUGAUGAAAGCUACCUCGAUCUAAAAGUAAAGCAGGAGGAAAUGGCAGCUUCACUAUCAGGUAAUAAAAUAAAAAAGAAGAGAAACUUGAGCGAGAGUGCUGAAGAAAGUCAAACAGAUGUGAAAAAAUGUAGGGUCAAAGAGCCUAGUCCGGACUCCCAUAAUGAAAGUCAAAGCAGUCAGUUAGAUAAAGAAAUCAAAACAAAGAAGAAGAAAAAAAAGUCAAAGAGAAGAAGGGAAAGUGAAACUCAAGAAGAAAUUGAAAGCAGUUGUUAUAAAGACUGUGAAGAUACUGUUAGUAAAGAAGAAAUUGCGUCUCAUAGUAACUCACAGAUUAGUAGAAUGGAAGACACUUUAGUAACGGACAAUACAUUUGGAAAUGAAAGUUAUGAUGAUAUAUCUGCUAUACAAAGUGAUGAUCACAAUAUUCAUACAUUGUCAUUCAACUCUGGUGAGAAUGUUGAAAGUAAAAAUAAAGGUGAAAGCCUUUACAAAACCGCCAUUAUAAAUCAAUUUAAGAUGGACAACCAUGAUGAACCUGAAGCUACACAUAAUAGAAGACCUCGCUUGUCAGACCGCAUUAGAUUUGAAGAUGAUUCUGAGACAGAAGUGAGCCAGACUUAUAACAAUGCAAGUGAUAUGACACCAGUAAAACUAAAAAAGUUCAUCAAAACUAUUGAUAACAUGAAGCUCAUCUCUCAAGAAUUAAGUCAUAGUUCCACCCUUACCUGUGAUGAUGAGCUAUGGAUUGUUCACUGUCCAAAAGACAUAGAUGUAGAGGGUUUUUGUGAUGCAGACUUGAACAUCAAUGGGAAGAGCAAAAUGAAGGUAGGAGGUCAGACAUAUGAUGGCACUUUAGAUAGUGAAGGAUGUGACACCACUGCUGUGCUGACAAUGGGAGAUGCUAAAUAUCAAAUUAACAAUUUACCACUAAGCGGUAUAAUAAAGUUUCGUAAAAGAAUUCCUAAAGCACAUUUCCAUGAUGACAACAUUAUGGUAAACAAUCAGACAAAUUUUAUACCUCUACCGGAAACUAAAUGUCGCCACCCACUUUUUGGAUCUAAUUACAAAAAAGCUUUGAAAAUACCUAGUGCUAUUGCACAACAAUUAAAUUUACAAAACGAACCAGAGGAAACCUUUACUACUGAGAAGCGAAGAAAGAAAAAGCAUAGAAAAGAUACAAAUAAUCUAAAACAUGAGGAAACCGAUUCCAAGUGUGAAGUGAUAACAAUUUUAGAACCUGAAGUUAUGUUGAAAGGAAGUGAGAAAAAGAGAAAAAAGCGCAAGCACUUAGAUGAUGAGGGCCCUGCUCCAAAAAAAGUAAAAAAGUUCAAGCAUGACCCUGAGUCAGCUGAAGCCUGGGAGUCUGAGAAAGCAAUUGAGCAAAAUCUUUUUAGCUUUUGA